GGUUGAAGCACUCCGCAGUUGUAGCAGAGGAGUUGGUCGACCACAGCGCGCCCGCCCGGGUCGCGAGGCAACAGCUGAUCGGAGCCACAGUACCGUGACGCCAACGCCAUCAUCACCGACCUGCAGGCGGGACUUCGAUCAGCCUUCCACAACGUGCAGUGCCUGCGGAUUGAAACAAAAUACACGAUGUCCCAAAAACCUGAAUUAUAUGCAGACGAGGCCUCGCCGCCUGUUCGGUUUGUGAUGAUGACUGCUUCACUGCUUGAUAUCGAAUUAAUUAUAAAUAAAGUAGAUUUAUUUGCUGGCGAACACAAGAGUCAAGCGUACUAUAAGAUAAAUCCACUACAAAAAGUGCCAGCCUUAGUUAUUGAAGACAAAACAAUUCUUGAUAGCCAUGCCGCCGCCAUUUAUUUAUGUCAGAAAGCGCCUGCGCAGCUUCUCUAUCCUAUCGAUCCUUUUGAGAGAGCAAAAGUAAAUGAAAUGCUGUUUUAUAACUCUAGCAGGUUGUUUCCGCUAGAUAGUGAAAUUAUUUCCUCAUAUUUUGCUGGCAAUUGGCCGGUGCCAGAAACAAAGAAAGAUGAAUGGUAUGAUGCGUUGGACUAUUUAGAGAUUAAUCUGAACAAAAAUAAAUGGCUUGUUGGAGCUGAGAUGUAUUUAUGUGAUAUCUGUGUGAUGUUGACUGUGACAUCCCUGCAAUUACUAAUUCCGAUUUCCGAACGGCACAUAAAUAUAAAGAAGUGGCUACAAAGGUUUGAAGCAUUGCCAUGCUAUGAAAUUAAUCGACGAGGAUUGGAAAGGCUGGCACACUUUAUUGAAUUGUACAAACACAAAUAAUAAUUUGAAAAAAGCAAUUUUGUUAAUGGAACAUUUACAGAAUUACAUUACAUUAGCGGCGGUAAAUAAAAAAAAAAUCGUUCGUCUCAUUUUUUUAAGCGAAUAUGUUUAUAGGAAUUUUCAUAGAACAAAUAUUGCAUUUUUCAUAGAACAAAUAUU